UUAAUUAUUUUGCAAUUUUUCAAUUAAAACCGUUGCGUUCAAAUGUUACCGGGUGGUGAAUAUGGUAGAAGAUGGCUAUAUUCACCACUCAAGUGCAUGUGACAGCGAAGCGACUUUGCGAAGGGCAAUAGUGUUUUGUUGGAAAUUUUAAAGAAAUUUCUUGUUUAUUAGUGAAUUUGAGUGCACAAAAAUGACCGAGGCAUUUGAGGGAAACGGUGAAUAUUCAAAUUACGGCGAUGGAUCAAGUGAUUUCAAGAGGAAAACCAAUUUAAAUCGUGAUGCUCAGGAUGAGGAUGCCGAUGAGGCUCCAACCAAUGAGAAAGCCACGGAAUAUAUUCGCGAAUUGCUCGCAGAGAGAGUUCAGGUCGACAGGAAAUACCCCCUGUGUGAUAGACUCCUAGAACAAGAAAUCCAGAGAGUACAGCAAAGUGGAAAAAUACCACCCCGAGAGAAUCGCUAUGUGGACAUCUAUCGUGAAAAGCAGAUUCGUGUAAAUGUUAAAGUUUUGGUGCCAGUAAAGGAGCAUCCAAAGUUCAAUUUUGUGGGAAAGUUACUGGGACCAAAGGGGAAUUCCAUGAAACGUCUGCAGGAGGAGACAAUGUGUAAGAUGGCUGUUCUUGGACGGGGAUCAAUGAAGGAUCGCAAACGUGAGGAGGAACUUAGGGCAUCUCUAGAGCCAAAAUAUGCCCAUCUAAAUGAUGAUCUUCAUGUGGAAAUUUCUGCUCUGGCACCACCAGCUGAAGCUCAUGCCAGGAUUGCAUAUGCCCUGGCAGAAGUCAGGAAGUAUCUCAUUCCCGACAGCAAUGACAACAUUAGGCGUGAGCAGAUCCGUGAGAUGCUUUCGGACAAUAAUUCAGGGAUAGAUAUAGAAGUGGCUGAACCCAGGGUGAUUCCGCCACCAAGGCCACCACCAGUUCCCACUUACUAUCGUGCUGCUCCGGUUCCAGCACCACCACCACGAUCUCCAGCUACUGGACGGACCGUAAUGCCGGCCAAACAGAAGAUCAUGUCAAUCCUGGACAGGGCAAGAACAGCCAUGGAAGAGAGCUAUGGACCUCCUCCAACGAGCGCCCGGCAGUACGAAGAGGCUCCUAUCUUUGAGGAUCCACCGUAUGAGAGUUAUUCCUACAGCCACCAUGCUUCAGUACCAUCGCGAACUCGCUACGAAAUCCCUGAAUACGAUGCACCAGAAUACAGGCGUGAAUACUACAGAGGAUCUCCAACCUAUCCAGUGAAAUCAAGUGGAUCAGCAGCUCGGCCAUCCUGGAAAAGCAGCGCUGGAUAUCCAUCUUCACGUGGACACGAAGAAUCUUCAUCAAAACAUCAUCAUGCUCACGCUAGUCGUGAAAGAUACCGCAGCUCGCCAUAUCAAACAUCGAGACCAUCUAAGUAAAUGUCUCAAUAUUAAUUUUUAAUAUUUUUCCGUCUCAUUAAAUAAAAGAAAAAACAAAGUAAAAUAUAUAAGAAAUGAGAAAAUUCUAAUAAUAAAGUAAAAGUAUACUGGUUCCAAUUUUCUAAAAUCAAUAAACCUCUGAAAAAAUAAAAAAACACACUAGCAACUCUAAAAUAAAUUUAAAAAAGAAUUUUCUUCCGGAAUGUCAUAAUACAUUAAUUUAAUUAGAACAAACAAUCCUAAACUUUAAUGGAUUACGUAUGAUUAAAAUUUAAAUAAUCAUUAAAUAAAUAAUAAAAACUUUUUUUCAAAACAUCUAAUUAUUUUUACGAAACUUAAACGAUUUUUUUAAUGCGAUAAAGACAAAUUAUUCAGAAGAUUUUUUUUCAAAAUAAUAAUAAUAUUUAAAGAAUUCAUUGCAAAAAAUAAUAUUAGAUAAAAAAAUUUAUAAUCGUGGAAUUUUUUUGGAAAGAGACGUUCGUUUACUGAGUGCUCGAGAAAAUUCUAAUUCAACUUUUUUUAUAAAUAAUUUUUUUAUGUUAAGGAACUAACUAAAUAUUUUUUUAUUCACUUUGAUUUUUGUGCGACAUUUUUUAAAUAAUUACUACUAACUAUGAUAAUAAAAAUACAAAAUAUAUGCUUCAAAAAUGCUUCAUAAAAUAAUAAAUCUAUAAAAGUACAUUAUAAAUAUUAUAUUGGAUUAUAAAUAUGUAAUACUGCAAAUGAAAUUAAUAAAAACAAUUAUCUCUCAA